AUGUCGCUGAAAAAUCUUCAAAUGUUUCAACCAUUAACACAGACCUACCAUAGAGGGACGCCCAUGAAGGCACCACCGUCUGCUCUAUCAAGAACUAUUUCAAAGUCAGCUGAAACCUUGGCCGGAAGUGUAAGAUACGGUAAAGAGUUGAAGACCCGCAAGGCAAGGAGUACGGAGCAGCCAGGAGGUGGUCUUGCUAAAGGGAGUAGCUCCUUGGGUUUGCCACUCUUAAGUAAAUACAAUGGAGACAGUGACAGUGUAAAGAGCAGAUCCAGAAAUGGGAGUGGUAGCAGAAGUAGCAGGACUGGCAGCGUAGACCGGAGCACUCGGGGUUCCAGCACUACCCUCAACUCCGAUGAAGAUAACAUCAAUGUAGUAAUAAGAGUCCGGCCAGUAAACGAAAAGGAGCGAUCUAUAAGAGAAAGAGAUAUGCUGGAAUUUCCUGGCAAAGGGCAGAUCAUCUGCCACAGCACUACACCUGGACAGAAGCCCAAGGUGUUCUCCUACAACGUUGUAUUUGAACCAGCUGCAACACAGGAUGACGUUCUAGAAUAUUCAGGAAUCAAGCGAUUACUCGAGAUGGCAGUGGAAGGUUUCUCGUGUACAGCCUUUUGUUACGGUCAAACUGGGAGUGGGAAGACUCAUACACUAACAGGACCACCAGGAUUGGUGGAAAGUGGAGCCAGUCCAUACUCACCAGAACACGGCUUGGUUGUGCGAUCCUUCGUCUAUUUAUAUAGACUUAUACGUGACCAACCAAAUAGUCAUUUUGUCCUUAAAGCUUCCUUCUUAGAGAUUUAUAAUGAAAAGGUGAUAGAUUUGCUAAAUCCAGGUAGUUCAAGGAAACCACUCCAAGUGCGCUGGUCAAAAGAGAGCCGAAGCUUUUAUGUAGAGAACUUGUUUAUGGUCGAUUGCGAAGAGUUAGAUGACCUUUUUGCUGUUUUAGAGGAAGGAAUGCGUAACAGAGCAGUAGGCUCCCAUGCAAUGAACAGUCACUCAUCGCGAUCGCACACGCUACUCUGCGUGCGCGUACGCCGUGACGUGCGCACUGCCGGUGACGUCACGUGCUCCACACACGGCAAAAUCAACUUUGUCGAUCUAGCUGGUAGCGAGAUGACCAAAAAGACUCAUAGCACUGGAAAAACGUUGGAAGAAGCGAAUAAUAUUAAUAGGAGUCUCAUGGUGCUGGGUUAUUGUAUAGCUCAACUAAGUGAUGGCAAGAAACGUGGACACAUCCCAUAUAGAGACAGUAAAUUGACGAAGUUGCUGGCGGACAGUCUUGCUGGAAAUGGCGUCACGUUGAUGAUCGCCUGUAUAGCUCCAACAAAAUCUAACUUGAGCGAGACCAUCAACACUUUGCGAUACGCUGCAAGAGCCAAGAAAAUUAAGUCAAAGCCCUUAGUAAAGAUGGACGCCAGAGAUGCCCUAAUACUAAGCCUGAAACGUGAAGUAGACACACUGCAGGCUGAGAAUCAGCAUUUGCGUACAGCGCUCCACAUACAGACGGAUAACAUUGAGGAUUCAUAUGGUCAAAGGAAUCGCCAAAUACCUUUAGAAGCCAACAAGCUCUACCAACUACCACAGUCGGAGUUGGUGGAACUUAUACAACUUCAUAUGGAAGAGAAUUCCGCUUUAAGACAUGAAAACUCGGAGCUAUUUCAUAUAAGAGACCAGUUAUUGCGCGACCAAGAGAUAUUAAGCAGAGAAAAUGAGAGGUUACUAAAGAAAUUGGAAGAUGUCAACUCCGUUUGCAUCAGAUCACCUAUAAUACCUGCUCGACCAACAUACUCAGAAGCUGGAAGUACAGACACCAAUAUUUGGACAAACACUGCAAGUUCCUCAAAUAGUACUUAUAAGGAAUCUUAG